CCUUUGGGAAGAUGUGCAGGACAGGAAUCUCCCCCCUCCAGCCCGGCCCCCCCUUGUGCCUUGCACGGUCCCUCCCAGCGAGGAGGGGGCUCUGCCUCCAGAAGAAAAGAGGAGGGAAGGGACGGAGAGGGGAGCUGUUUGGGGCUGUCCUGCCCUUCCCUCUUCCUACCCUCCCAUUCCCACAUGAAACCAGAUUUAAUGCAAACAAGCUGGCCUGGCUCAGAGCUGCCCAGGACGGCUGCAGAGAGCAGAACGGAGCAGAGCCCAUCCAGGCACCCCGUCUAGGAGAGACUUCCCCGGAGGAACCAGCCUUUGCCCCGGACUUCCAUGCUGGGGUCCUUUCUCCUGUACAUGUGCAAAGUGCUUCCGCUUGACUGACAACCAGGCCCUGUGGUGUCUCCUCUUUUGCAUGGUGAGCCUGGGGGCCCUAAAGAGAGAAGACACCCCCCCACUGCAGAGAACCAACCUCUACUGUUAGCCUUUAUUGUUGUUUUUCUUAGUGACUGCAUCCUUCUUCUGACUUUGCUGAAUUUACAAUAAUAAAAAGAGACAUUUGUCUGGUCCUUUGAGCCUUGUCAUGGCGGCCAUGCACCCUCUCUGUGUGCUUCUUCUCUUGGUGGUGCCCUUUUGUGCCUCGAGAUCGAUCGAGAACCUGGCCCUGGAAGAAAACGAGGGGAGCGGAGACGGUGAGGGGGCUUCCCCUGACCCCUCUUCUGCCAGGGUGACGCUGAGUGUGAGUCCCACUUCGGGGAGCCUCGUGGUCAGUUCGGUCAAUGGCACUUCGCACUCGUUCAACAUCCUCGACGGCAUUGUGGACUUCUUCCAAACGUACAUGCUCUUGAUCAUUGUGGUGGGCUCCCUGCUCCUCAUCUUCCUUUCCAUCGUGUGUGCAGCUGUCAUCACACAGCAGAAACACAAGGCCUCUGCCUAUUACCCGUCAUCUUUUCCCAAAAAGAAGUACGUGGACCAGAACGACAAGGCCGGGGGCGCCAAGGCCUUCAGCGAAGUCCCUGAGAAGAUCUCUGAUGAGGACCGAGAGGAGCCGGUGGAUUCCACCAAACAGUUGCAGGCCGACAUCUUGGCUGCUGCCCAGAACCUCAAGUCUCCGACCAAGGUCAUCGUGGCGAAUGGGAGAAGUGCCCCUGUGGAAGACUCACCGGUUGAAGGAAAAGAGGGAGGGGCCCAAAAAACAGAAGGAGUGGAGGGUGGCAGCUCCAAAGAAGAAGAUGAAGAAGAAGAAAAAUCACCAGCUGAGGCUGAUCUGCCUCCAGAGACAUCAGCUCCAAACAAUUUGGAAGAUGCUGAGGCCAAAGAAGAGGUCCCAUCUGGGGUGGAGACCCAUCCAUCUCCUCCUGAGGAGUCCAAGGAACCCCCAUCCACCGAGAAUUCUGCCCUGCCCAUCUCAGAAGGUGAGAAGGAGAAGGAGGCGCUCAGCAUCCCACUGACUCUUGACCCCACAGAAGAGUCCCAAAACUGAAGGGGGUCUGUUCCCAUCAGUGGGGGGACAGUUUAUAAUAUAAAAAUCUACAGGGAUCUGUUUAUCAAAUAGAAGGGAGCAGAUCUUUACAUUACCUGUAAAGAAGACAAGUUAGCCACCUCCCAUGCUAGGAAACACCCCAAAGUUCUACAUUGUUGUGGUUUUGCUUUAAUGGACCUUCUUCAAUUAUGCAGACUUACCCAACUUGGCGCCCUCCAGCUGUGGGAAACCCAGACUCCCAUCAUUCCCUGCCAACAUGCCCCGGGAGGUGAUGAGAAUUGUUUAACACAUCUUGAGGGGGGAGGGGGAAGCUGAGUGACCGUAAUGUCAUGAUGUAGCCAGAUAUCACUGAGCAAGUAAGAUAGAACUUAUCUUGAAGACCUGCUGAAGAUGCAUAUUCUUCAAUGUGGUUCUGGGACUAUUCUGGAGGAACCAUCCUAAUACAGACCUCAAGGACUUUCCCACUCUCAGGGAGAGCAUAUCUGCACCGACAUACAUAAUUUUUGAGGUGGGCUCUUUGGGUCAACCUUUAUUUAUAUCAACCCUCAAUUUUGCAGCAAGGUUGUGUGCAGAGCUAAUUGGUUCCCCUUCUUAUCAACCACGAAGUCGUCCAGAUCUUUCUUUCUCCACUGCUGACGAGAUCCUCUUUGGGCCAAACUUGAAGUUAUUUCACACCAAUACUGUAUUUCUUUUAAAGCAAAUCUUGGCUCAACUCUGUUUAGUUGUCCCUUAUAUCGAUGAUUAAUUCAUUUACUUUCCUUAGUGUCAGCUUUGAAAGCUGAACUAACAGCCACAUGUUUUCAAAAUGGCCAGUCUGAUUUGAGAUUUUAAGUACAGUUUCCAUCUGAGCAAUGGCAACAAUAUGCAAUGGAUCCCACCACUCAACCCAAGAUUCCUCCCCCCCCACGUUCUGAGAAUGCUUAACUCCAAGUUCUCCAGACACUUUAGGAGAUCUGAUCGCUCAACACAACCAACCUUGAGAAGAAUCUGAUGACAUUUCUUAUAAUUAUUCCUCUUAAAGAUCUUCAAACACUCAGACUUCUGUGUGUGGAGGAGAAGAUACUGAGGACUUUCAUGAGUGAAUGAAGCCCAACAGAGCUGGGUUUUUAUCUAUGUUCAACGCCAAAGUUCUUCACUUGUCGAAAUGGUUGUUAACCUUUGGAGGAGGGAGGGCUCAUAUUUUUGAGCAUUCAAACAUAUUGAAAAUAUUUUGGGGCUUUUUAAAAUUCAAUUAUUGGGGGGGGGAGACUUUUGAUCAUUUUUUUAAAAAAUGUUUUUAUAUUUGACGGAGGACAUUGGAUUUCAGAUUUCCAAGUGCUAAUCUCUUUCUGGGUCAACUAGAAAAACAUUUCGGUAAGCCUUACAGCUGAGGUGAAUAAGAUUGACCUGGUUUAUGACAAGCCUUGAAGAAGCUGUGUGUCAGGAAAACUAUUUGCAACAAAAAUUCCUUCUUGGUUUUUCCCAGCCUCUUUGCAAAGCUGAUAUUUAUGACUUUUCCUCCCACUGGGCUUCUCCCAGGGUGAUCCUUGUAAUCCUAGUAAAAACAUCUAUAAAUUUAGCAGACUGAAACAUUUAUUGUAGUAUUGAAGACUUAUCUGGGUUAGACUCGGACCCUCUCUGGGAUUCUCUGCAGUCCUACACUUCAAGGCCAUUUUUGAAUGAGCGUCUCUAACGGGGCUGGAAAUGACAAUAACUGGGAACUUUGCAACAAGCUAAACCCCAACUGGGUUAGCAUGAAGAGGGUUUUGUGAAACUCUCAGCAUCUUUUUCUAGGGCUUCCUAAACCUUAAAACGUGAGGAAGGGCACCGUGUUGAUAAAAACGCAACAUUACAGCCUUUCUCCGCUUUCCAGAUGUUUUAGACCACUUUUUCAACCCAGCCCAUGGGUGGCUAAAGUCCAUGUGUGGCAGAAGCUAUAUGUCCAAACACCUAGAACUGUGGUUUCUUAAGCUUUAAGAUGUGUGCACUUCAACUCCCAGAAUACCCCAGCCAGCACAACUAAUUGGUUAAUAUGGCCAAUGAUUUCAAAAAAUCACCCAAAUUCAAUAAAAUGCCAUAACUGUAAUGUUCCUUUCCCUUGUCUGACCCCUCAUAAGCCUACAAUAACCCCACAUGUAUUCUUCUCCAUUAUAGAUGUAUGUUCCAUUAAAAAGAAAUAAUAAAGCAGG